GACCGCCGUCAUAUUGGCUGCUAGAGGCAGCAGCGACCACGGCAGAAGAGAAGACCCCCACCAUGAUGAAGAACGGGCUUUCGCGGCACUUAAAGACUAAAUUAACUUUUUAAAUAUUUUUUAUUAGUAUUUAACUAAUUAUUGUUAAAAUAUUCGGGAUGAUACCGUCAAGUAUCCGCGUACCUUUAGUGCUUUCAUCCGACACCGUGGUCCGCAAAGGGGAUAUAUGCCUGACUUCUCUUAAUAGCCAUUUUUUGCAGACAAAGAGAGCAGUUGAAUAGGGCUUUCACAAGGCACAAGGGUCCCAGGGGCUCCUAUUGAUGAAGAAAGUGGGCAACAUGUGGAGCAACCUGAAGAGCAAAUGCCAGACACUCUUUCACAACAACAGUUCAGGACCCAGUGAAAGCAGGGUUGAGGCAGAUGCCGUCCACUGUGUGGUGGAUCUUGGCCAAGGGGGCAGCUCAGGUGAUGCGCAUGCAUCAGGAGCCUCCAGUCCAUCACGGAGCCUCCUACCAGUGCCAAUGGUAACAUCAGGACGCCGCCAUCACAACUGUGUGUCGGACAUCCCUCAGAUAGUAGAGAUCACUAUCGACAAGGACACUGAGGAUGUGCGGGGAGGAUCAGGGGGUGUUCCCUUGGCCCGGAGAGACUCCUAUUCCCGUCAUGCUCCAUGGGGGGGCAAGAAAAAACACUCAUGUUCCACCAAAACCCAGAGCUCUCUGGAGGCAGAUAGGCGGUCUGGCCGUUUAAGGGGGAGUGGGAAUCGCAGGGACAGGCGUUAUGCAGUCAGCUCCAUCCAGGAGAUGAGCGACUCUGUAUCUGGAGGACGCAGUCUGAAUGCUCGGUCUUUGCGCCAGCGGCUAAGUGAUACAGUAGGACUGUGCUUACCCCUGCCUACUCGUAGACGCUCCCGUUCAACUAAGAACCCUGUCACCUCCAAACGUAAGAUUCACCUAACAGAGCUCAUGCUGGAGACCUGCCCCUUCCCACCAGGCUCAGACCUUGCUCACAAGUGGCACUUGAUCAAGCAACACACAGCACCGGUCAGCCCGCAUUCCUCCACUGCCCUGCUUGAUGCCUUUGACCCGGCCCACCCCUCUCCUGAGGAUGAAGAGGAACGUCUACGUGAGCGCCGCAGACUUAGCAUUGAGGAAGGUGUGGACCCACCACCUAAUGCACAGAUCCACACCCUGGAGGCCUCAGUGCCAGGCUCCUCUCUCUACAAACUGGGACCAAAGAUGGCUCCUGGCAUAGGAGAGGCCUCUGGGGAUGGCCGGGCCUCAGGGACUGGCAGCACUGUGGGCGCUGGAUCAUCAGGGGCCUGUGGGCAGGUGUUGGGGGCUUCAGUGUCAGCCCAGGACUGUGACUCUGAGGAGGAUUCGACCACCCUCUGUCUACAGGCCAGGAGGCCUAAGCAGAGGCACGCCUCUGGCGAUGGUCACUUGAGCCGGCAGCAACCUGGACCGUGGAAGGUUCACACCCAGAUAGACUACAUCCACUGCCUGGUGCCGGACCUAUUGCAGAUCACUGCUCUGCCCUGUUACUGGGGUGUGAUGGACCGCUACGAGGCUGAGGCACUGCUGGAUGGACGGCCGGAGGGCACCUUCCUACUGCGUGACUCAGCCCAGGAGGACUACCUCUUCUCCGUUAGCUUCCGCCGUUACAACCGCUCACUGCACGCCCGCAUCGAGCAGUGGAACCACAACUUCAGCUUUGACGCCCAUGACCCUUGUGUUUUCCACUCUUCCACCGUCACAGGACUGCUGGAGCACUACAAGGACCCCAGCGCCUGCAUGUUUUUUGAACCGCUGCUCACAGCACCUCUCCAUCGAACCUUUCCCUUUGGCCUGCAGCACUUGGCACGAGCUGCCAUCUGCCGCUGGACCACAUACGAUGGUAUAGGCUCUUUGCCGCUGCCCCCUGCCCUGCAGGACUUCCUCAAGGAGUAUCACUAUAAACAGAAAGUACGAGUUCGCUGGCUGGAGAGGGAACCGCCACUCAAGGUCAAAUAGGGCGGGCUUCUCCAUUGCCUGUACACACACUGCAGCAGGAUCACAGAACUUGAGAAAUUCCUCAUUAGCCAAUUAGAGGCUAUGCUGAUAUGGCUCUCUUUCUGGUGGGGGAUGGAAUUUAAAUAUAACAAGCUAUACAAGAUUCAUUCUAAUCUUUGUUUUAGUUAUUACUUACAUCACAGAAAAUACAUAUGAUUAUAUUCAGUAUAAUGCUGUCUGGCAAGCACAUGUUUUUGUGUUGAACAGGUUGUUUUGACAGGGAGGGAAGGCACAAAUAUCAGUGCUUUGUGUCUUUUCUCUCCCGCUUUGUGCUAAACGUCUGCCUGAUCCCACAACAUCACCCUGCCUGUAGACCUGCCUGCAUGCCUCCCCUGUUCAUCCCAAAUUGCUAUUUAGGCCCACAUGGCUAUGUUGUACAGUUCACUUUGUGCUUUCUUUAUUUUUUUUUAAUUUCCUUAGCUUGUCAAAGCACCUAGUGGAUACACCUUCCCAAGAGGGUUUAAGGUGUGUAUGGGUUGAGAGGGCAUCUGGAGGUGCUAUUGGUAUAUUGCAGUCAGAGCUUGUCCCAUGGAUAGAGCUACAUAAGGCACAUUCUUUGCCAUCUCUUUGCACGCAUGAGUAUCACCUGAGCCAGAGACGAGGACAGAUUCUAAGAGGGUCCAGAGAGUUCAGGACAGCACAUCAGGGAAAAUAAGUGCUUUCUAAGGAUAAUACUCUAGUCCUUAAAAACACUAGUUCCUCCUUAAGCAGUAAUGGUGAAUGAUGAAUAAUAAAUCAGUCUGCUGUGUACUAUUUAGUGAGCAAUCUAAACUUGUCAACUUUCUUUCCCCGCUGUGCAGAAUUGCUUUUGAAACAGACUGUAAGGAAAUAUUCUGACAGUUCUUGCCAUGGUUACAUAUGUCAAAGCAGUCUGUCAGUUCUUCACUGGCCACAGGCUCUUCAACUCUGCACACUAUUGUGCACAUAGGCACCCAGUUCAUUUUUUUCCUGUGAAAUUUAGCUCCAAAGGUAACAUUUGAAUCGUGCUACGGCUUUCUAGUGUUUAGUUUUACACCUGCUUCUUUCAGUUAGCACCUUUGGGUGGCAUCUGGCGAUACAGAAAGCUUGGACCCUGUGUUUUCAAGUUGGUUAUUUUUCUCCCAUUUUCACCAGGCACUAGUAACAUUGGUGCAGCUAGCUGUGCACUGUGGUUAUUUAAUGGAAUGCUAACAGGUGCUUUCUGAGGAGUUGAGGGUGCGUGUGACAAGUGCUAGGUGAAGACAAUCGAUGAAAAUUCAAAAUGCCAGUGUCCCUUUAAACAUGACAGUGAGCUGGUCUGCUCACACUAGUGAGGCUUGAUUGAUAAUGGGCUUUUUCAUGGGAGACCCCCCCAUAGUAACAGAUGGUGAAUGGGCCAGACAGACAACGUCAUAAAAUAAUCUGCUUGUGAAGAUGAAUUAAAACUCCCACAAUUAGAUUGCAGAACCCUUUCCUGCCUGAAUUUAUAUUUCUUUUAUGAAAACAUGUUAAAAUAUGUUGAGCUGUUUUAAUGAAGAGCACUGUGUCACAGACAGGAAAGAGGUCAUGCAGGCUUUUCUUGGGAGUUAAUGUCCCGCACUUAACAGCUAAUUACCCCAAGAAAUCCCCUCAUUGCCCGGUUGCAUUUAUAGUCAUAGCAUUGAGUGCAGGCAACACUUGACUCUCAAGAGGUUGGUAUAUACUUGAGAGCUUUAGUUAUGUAAUCUGAAUGAUUUCAGUUGUGUGGGACAAAAACACUGCUAGCUAUCCAGUCAUUUCUGUUGUGUUCUCAGUGUGAAGAGAAAAUAAGUGUAACCUAUGUGCCUUUUAGAAAACCAUUUGUCUUGUUUCAUAAUCAGUUGCUUUGUAGUCCAAACCUGGUGCAGAUGCUUCAACACAGUGCACUCGGAUGCUAUAAAAUGAGACUGAAGAGAAUAACAAUGAAGACGUGCAUGAGCUUAAAACUCAAUGGGAAAAAAAACUGUAGUGGUGCUAUGUUGGUUAAGAUAUGACAGGUUAUUGAAAUGAUAAGUUUUACAUUAGCUACAUCUGUUCUCAAUCACUAAUGCAUGCAUUAGUCCUUCGCCAUAUUAUGGCUUGUGUGGUAGUAUUAGGUUGGUAGAGGGUCCAAUGCCAGCCCUACUGUAGCAUAUUUCAGCUCAAGAUAUCCAUGUUUUUCCAGCCCUCACAUGUGUAGGUUCUUGGCUGCAACUUGACAAACAAAUCCUAAUGAGAGGGCAGGAAGGUUAACUCUUAACUGUGAGCAUGUUGAUCAGAAUAAUCCAACUUCUGAUGACAGUGCCUGAGUUGGCCAUCAGCAACAUGUUUGUCCUUAAUCUUAAUUAGUAGUAAAUACAUAUUAACUGGCUUUAAAAAAAAAAGAAAAAAAAAAAGAAAGUAGUUGAACUUUGAAUCAAACGUGUGCACAAGACUGUGGGAGAAUGAGGUGGGUACAAACAAACAGAUUACCUUAAGGCGUUCAGAGAACAUUGUUCUAAAAUAAAUACAAUUAUCUGGAAAUUCCAUUGAUGAAAACACUGCAGUUAAUGUGUAAAAGUGAAAUAUUAAAGCUGAAACACACAUGAGCUCAUGAUCACUGGAAGGGUUCAUCUGUAAAAGUUGUCAAACUAGUUCAUUUUUUAGUCUGUGUGUGUGUGUGUGUGUGCGCGCUCAUGUGUCCUAUCAGCCCGCACAUACGUUAAAGGUUAUUUUUGUUCUCAUCAGUGAGGAUGAAUCAUGAACAAGUGUCAUGCAUUUUCUUGCCCAUGAAUAGCUGAGACGGUGACCAAAGCUCUUGCACACAGCUGUGUGUAUUAACUACUGGGCUAAUGCUUAUUGCAGUGCUCAGUGGUGCUAAAAUUUAAGCUAAAUUAUCAGCUUUACAAACAAAUGAAAGUUAGUUCCAUACUAUAGUAUGAAGACUGCUCUUUUUUGCAACAUAUUCAUGAGGGAGGACAAGGCCGUGUAAAGCUCCCAUCUACACCCUGAAACUCAACACACCUAUUUUCACAUAUUUAUCAGGCAGUAAGAUCAUUUUUAUGCAGGUAGUAAAAGAUGUGCGGGUUAAAGGGUUAAUAUUUCACAAACCGAUUUGUAAUUUCUAUACUACAUUGUGGAUUGAUUAACGUUUAUCGAACAUUUCCCCACUUAAGAGUCUGGAACAUUUUCUACUUGCCGGCACUUUGUUGUCAGAAAUCAUGAAAACCACACAUUAAUCACCUGUAUAUGUUAGAGUGGCAGGAGUGAAUGUUAGGAGGAGGGGGAUAAGGCUGACAUUUUAGUUGCUUGCAUGUGCACUUUUAUGCUUCAUAAUUUUUAGCAUCCAACACUGUCAAAUAGAAGAAAUACAGACAGCAGCUUCAGAAAAUAUUCAGACCCCUUUAUUGUGUUUAUAGAUUUGAUUUUAUAAAUGACUGAAAUUGCC